AUGGCGGAGGCUCCCAUGUCAUGUGACUGUUUUGUCUCUUUGCCCCCCGGCUCUCGAGACGACCACGUCAUCUUUGGGAAGAACUCGGACCGGCCCCGGGACGAGGUGCAGGAGGUGGCCCACUUCCCCGCUGCGAGCCACCCUGCAGGCUCCACACUGGAGUGCACCUUCAUCCGGAUCCCUCAGGUGGAGCAGACCCACGCCGUGGUGCUCAGUAAACCUGCCUGGAUGUGGGGGGCUGAGAUGGGGGCCAACGAGUGCGGGGUCUGCAUCGGGAACGAGGCGGUGUGGACCCGGGAGCCGGUGGUCCCCGGCGAGGCCCUGCUGGGCAUGGACCUGGUCCGGUUGGGUCUGGAGCGUGGGGACAGCGCCCGGGCGGCGCUGGCGGUGAUCACGGGCCUGCUUGAGCAGCACGGCCAGGGCGGGCAGUGCCGGGAGGACCCGGAGCCCUUCAGCUACCACAACACCUUCCUGCUGGCCGACCGCAGCGAGGCCUGGGUGCUGGAGACCGCCGGCCGGCUGUGGGCGGCUCAGAGCGUCUCCGAGGGCGUGAAGAACAUCUCCAACCAGCUGACCAUCGGGACGGAGACGAGCGCCGAGCACCCGGAGCUGCGCAGCGUGGCCCGGGCUCAGGGCUGGUGGGACGGACAGGCGGACUUCGACUUCUCUCAGGUCUUCGGCCCAGAGAACCCCCCGGCCCGGAUGGAGCUGGCCAAGCAGCGCUACCGGGGGGGCACGGAGCUGCUGCGGCACCACAACGGCGCCGUCACUGCCGAGGUGAUGAUGUCCAUCCUGAGGGACAAACCCAGCGGCAUCUGCAUGGACUCCGGGGGCUUCCGCACCACCGGCAGCAUGGUGUCCAUCCUGCCCAGAGACGGCAGCCUGCCCUGCGUCCACUUCUUCACCGCCACGCCAGACCCGUCCAGGUCCAUCUUCAAGCCCUUCAUCUUCUCGGACUGCUGCAGCGCCGUCCCCGCCGUCCUCUCGCCGAGCUUCGGCGCCGACGACCCGGUCAGGAAGCAGCCGCGCUUCCAGAGCCGCGUGGACCGGAGACACCCGCUGUACAGGGCCCACCAGGAGGCGCUGGAGAGCACGGACAGCAAGCUGGACGAAGGUUCGGCCCUCUACGAGCUGCUGAGGGAUCUGGAGUCCCAGUGUCUGAGCGAGAUCUCGGCCCUGCUCAGCGGAGACGUCCCGCCAGACGACCUGGGCGACCUGUUCUUCGACUGCGUGGACGCAGAGAUCAAGUUCUACCAGUGAGGAGCACCGCCCGGUGGACAGCUCCAGUACUCUCAGAGCGGCGGAGAAACCCGGGACAGCGGGCGGAUGUCCUCCGCCUCUCCUCCAUCAUAACACAGACUGAACGUCCAGACGAGAUGGGAGCGUUUUCCUCAUCAGUAA